AUUCAUCUUGCCCUUCCUGUCAGCCAUAACAACAGUGAUGGCGGCGGUUGCACGGUUUUUCAUCCGAGGUGCACACUCCAAACUUUCAAUCUCCAAUGUUGCCACCGGGGCUCAGAGCUCUUUUGGGGCCACAUUGCUCAAGACUUCGCCGGACUGCAGCUCCCGUACAAAAACACAACGAAGACAUGCGGCGCACUUUACCUUCCAAGCUGACCCCGUCCCGACACAAUACGGUCCUACCCAGAAGAUGAACCUGUUCCAGUCAGUAACAAGUGCCUUGGAUAACACCCUUGCCAGUGAUCCAACAGCAGUGAUCUUUGGGGAAGACGUUGCCUUUGGUGGAGUAUUUCGAUGCACGGUUGGCCUGAGAGACAAAUAUGGCAAGGACAGAGUCUUCAACACUCCUCUGUGUGAGCAGGGGAUUGUGGGAUUUGGUAUUGGUGUAGCUGUUGCUGGUGCCACAGCCAUUGCCGAGAUCCAGUUUGCUGACUAUAUCUAUCCUGCAUUUGACCAGAUAGUCAAUGAAGCAGCAAAGUACCGCUACCGUUCUGGCAACCUGUUUGACUGCGGCAACCUCACCAUUCGAGCUCCGUGGGGGUGUGUCGGCCAUGGAUCACUUUACCACUCUCAAAGCCCCGAGGCCUUCUUCGCCCACUGCCCUGGCAUCAAGGUUGUGGUACCUCGUAGUCCAGUACAGGCUAAGGGACUGCUCCUCUCCUGCAUUGCAGACCCGAACCCCUGUAUAUUCUUCGAACCCAAGAUCCUGUACCGAGCAGCAGUGGAGCAGGUUCCUGUGGAGUCCUACACCGUCCCUCUCUCGCAGGCCGAGGUCCUACAGGAAGGAAGUGAUGUCACACUGGUUGCCUGGGGGACACAGGUCCAUGUGAUGAGGGAGGUGGCCAAUAUGGCUCAAGAGAAACUGGGAGUGUCCUGCGAGCUCAUCGAUCUGCAGACCAUCCUACCCUGGGAUGUGGAAACUGUUUGUAAGUCUGUAGUGAAAACUGGACGUCUGCUCAUCAGUCAUGAGGCACCAAUAACCGGAGGCUUUGCUGCUGAAAUCAGCUCUUCAGUACAAGAGGAGUGCUUCCUUAACCUGGAGGCUCCCAUCAGUAGGGUCUGUGGUUACGACACCCCCUUCCCCCACAUCUUUGAGCCUUUCUACAUCCCAGACAAGUGGAAGUGCUUUGAUGCGAUCAAGAGGAUGAUGAAGUACUGAAUUCCUUCAGCUCGACUUUUCCUCCUCAUCUGCCGUCUGCUGUGGAUCGCCAAGUUUUACUUAUUGAACCUCUCUCCUCUUCCAGGGCCAACUUCGGGUCACCGUGAACUCCAAACACUCUUCUUUUCCUCUACAUUCAUCCAAUCAGUGGGAAGCAGCCAGGAAAAGACACUUUGUUGACCAUCGUAUCAGGAAGUAGCAUCCAGAUGGGCUCCAUGUCCCUCGAAGUCUGCCCGUGAAUGGACUGUUACAGAACCUCUGGAUCAGAGAACCUCAUUCUUUUGCAAGACAAAAACAGCCUUGAUUCACUCUGUUUGGUAGAACUCUACUUAUGCAUUCACAUAACAUGAUUUAUUUUCUCUUUAAUAAGAGUGGGGUUCUGUGGGGAUUAGUAGGUUGAAUUUUGCGACUGUCUGCUUCUUUGUGCUGUUACUUUGAAUGUGUUCAGCUCUGCUCUAAUCUUUAUUUAGUUUGACACAAACUCACCCUUAUUGUAAUAAUAUAAUGGAUCUGUGGUUUUUAUUGAAAAUAAAGUAAUCAGAAUUGGUGAAAACA